AACUGACGAACCUGGAACGAAUCGAGCACAAUUGGUGGCUCCAAACCUUCCCACUUGCCCUCGUUUGAUCCGGGCAGCCACCCGACCAAAUCCAAGCUUCGUCGGCUCCACCCUUUCCUCUUUCAACCAUCCGUGCCCUAACAACAAGAAGAUGGCAGCUAGAGGCGACGACUAGCGGAACCCCCCACCGUGGAACUCCGACACCCAGCCUGCGGCUCCUCCUCGAUCGGUCACAUAGAUCAUGGAUCAUCCAGCAAUACUAACACAGGACUUGGGUGGCGAUGCUUCGGAUUUUGAGGUGGAUGAUGUCCGGUGUGACAAUCUCAAUGAGAAUGAUGUCAGCGAUGAAGAGAUUGAACCAGAGGAGUUGGCAAGAAGGAUGUGGAAAGAUAAAAUUAAAUUAAAGAGGAUCAAGGAACGGGAAAAACUUUCUGCUCAGCAGGCAGCUUCUGGGAAGUCUAGACCAAAGCAUAUAUCUAGCCAGGCUCUUAGAAAGAAAAUGGCGAGGGCACACGAUGGUAUUCUCAAGUACAUGUUGAAGUUGAUGGAAGUGUGUAAUGUCCAUGGAUUUGUCUACGGAAUAAUUCCCGAGAAGGGAAAACCUGUAAGUGGCGCUUCAGACAAUAUAAGAGCAUGGUGGAAGGAAAAGGUGAAGUUCGAUAAGAAUGGACCUGCUGCCAUAGCCAAUUAUGAGGCAGAAAACUUUGCAGCCCAGAAUGCACAGAAAUUUGGGGGUAAAAAUCAUCAAAGUUUGAUGGAUCUGCAAGACGCUACACUAGGAUCCCUUCUGUCAUCAUUGAUGCAACAUUGUGACCCGCCACAACGCAAAUACCCCUUGGAGAAGGGUGUUCCACCACCUUGGUGGCCCUCUGGCAAUGAAGAUUGGUGGGUAGGUUUGGGCUUAACUAAGGGUCAAACCCUCCCAUACAAAAAGCCACAUGAUCUGAAGAAAGUGUGGAAGGUAGGGGUACUAACAGGCGUGAUAAAACACAUGUCUCCUAAUAUUGGAAAGAUUAGAACUCACGUGCGUAAGUCAAAAUGCUUGCAAGAUAAAAUGAGUGCCAAAGAGAGCUCUAUUUGGUUAGGAGUUCUUGAUAAAGAAGAAAUGUUAGUCAACCAGCUCAGCAGUGACAACGGUAUGUCUGAUGUAACUCAGAAUAGUGGUCAUGAGGAACAGAGGGAGGUGACAAACAGUUGUAGUGAUGAAUACAAUGUUGAUGGCCUGGAAAAUGCUCCUGGGCCUACUUCAUCCAAAGAUGAUGGAACAAACGGGCAUGUCCACGCACAAGCUUGUGGAAACAAUGUAACACAUGUUUCGAGGGGAGUUAGUCCAACUGAAACUUCUUACCGACUUCAACAAGGCAAGGAACAAGUGACUGAACGGCCAAAGAGAAAAAGACAUAGCAAAGUCAUCGCCGCCGCCGCUGAAAAGCAAAUGCCUACAACUUUGAAUGAGCAAAGAUGUGAAAGAGGAAAUGAUGUUCCAAUUACGAAUAACACAAACAUGACACCAAUGGUUCAUCAUGCACAAAAUACACAUCAGGAUUCUUGUGUCGACAAAAUUGCAAUGUGUCAAGAGGGAGUUUCUCAAAGCCAAAACCUUAUUAUGGACCCUGGGAUUUGCAAUUUUGCGUGCAACCCUCCACUUAACGUUGGUGCUGAAAACAUGUACAUUGGCGCACAGCCACUUCUGUUCCCAGGUGUUGGGAAUCAUGUGUCGCAAAAUGCUACUGCAAUUGAUAUUGGGUCCAGCUAUGGAUUUUAUAACCAAUCAGGUGCAUUUCAUAAUUUGCCAGGGAAGCAGCAGAAACGCAUGUUUGUUAAUAGUCAUGGAGUGCAGUCUGAUAGAAACAUUGAUCCCGUUGAGAAUUAUUCUUAUGAGCAUGUGAUGACACCAAAUCUUAGUUCACAUAUGAUCACCGGAGACAGACCCCUAUUCCUAGAUGAGCAAUUGUACAUAAGACCAGAUACUCUUGCUUCACCGUUAGAUUUUAACGGGCUCAACAGUCCGAGCCCCAUUGAUUUUGGUGACAUAUUGCAGGAUGCAGAUUUGCGGAAAGACGAUGAACUAUUAUCAUAUUUGGGGACAUAAGGUAAGCUUGCAACACGUCUUCACAGUUGUGUGCCGAUCCAUCUUGUGCACCUAGGAAUAAUAAUGUGCACUAGCUGACUAUAAACAUGGUAUGCUGAACACGCGAUUCUUUCUUGUUGGUCUAAACAUAACCUUGAUGCUUCCGGCAAUAGAUGUCUAUCACGUGUAAACACUUGUGAUGCUAAUUUUAAAUUACUGGAACACUAGAAUUUGAAUGCCAAGAAUAUAUUUUGGCUAUGUGAUUUCUGUUUCACCA